AUGAACAUAUCUUCUAGUCACGUGGUCCGGCCUGACCUUGAGACCACGACCUUGACCCUGGCGGUGCUGAACCAGACCCGCGCCUUCAAGCUGUACCUGAGCGACCACGAGCGCGUCGUCUUCGAAGUGGUGACCUACGUCUUUCUCUGCGGCUCCGUGGCCCUCUUCGGCAUCGCCUCCAACAUCGUCAACGUCGUCAUCUUCUUCAAGCAGGGCCUCAAGACGACGAUGAACAUCAGCUUCUUCGGCCUGGCCAUCUCCGACCUCUGCAGCCUCGUCACCCUCAUGUGGUUCUCCAUCUGCAUGAACCCCCUGUUCGAGAACUCCAACAUUCCUUUCAUCUCGCGAGAGUUUCAGUACCUCACGGGCGGUUGGCCGUCCUUUGUUUUCGCCCGUAUCACAAGUUUCAUCACAUCCUUCAUCACGGCUGAGAGGUGUCUCUGCAUUACCUCCCCUUUAAAAGUAAAACAUAUUAUAACCCCUCGACGCACAAUCCUAACACUGAUAUUCAUUUACAUCAUUAUAAUUAUAUGUUCCCUUCCGGAGUAUAUCUCAUCCUACAUCGGCUGGAAGUUUCAUCCACCGAGGAACCAAACCAUGCUAGGCCUAGUCUUCGCCAGCAACAGAAAAGAAAUCGAAGGCUUGGGGUUUAUCGUGAACGCUGUACUCGGCGCCCUGUCGUACAUUCUCGUCAUAAUCUUCACCACAACUCUCGUCUUUAAACUCAAACACGAGGCAAGAUGGCGGAGCCGGAAGACCUGUCUUGCGCAUGACAACCAAAGCUCGUUCAUCCACCGCGAGAAGCGGGCCAUGAACAUGGUGCUGCUGAUCGCAGUCUUGUCCAUCUUCUGCUCCACCCCCGGGAUCAUCCUGUCGUGUUUGGCCUUCGUCGAAGAAGAGUUCAGCAUCCUCGGUCACCAUAGCAACGUGUUCCACGCAGCCUGGUCCGUCGGGUUCCUCUUCAUCGCCAUCAACUCCAGCGUCAACAGCAUCUUCUACUACAACAUGAGCUCCAAGUACAAGAAGAGCUUUCUGGAAUUAUUUUCCAGGUGGAAAAAAACGGAAAACAAUUCGCUCAACGACAACUACAGCGCUCGGUCUGACACGUUCAUGCAGAUGAAAAAAUGGACCAAUCAGGUAUCUCAAAGUGAAGGUCAAAUGUCAAGGCCGAUUCUACAAAACAGAACAUAG